CGCAUUUUAACCAUUGCAGAGGCCUGUUUGGAAAUGUAGGUCUUGUAUUUAUACUUUAGACUGUAGUAAUGAUUUUGGACUACGCAUUGGUACUAUAGGAUACAGGCUUGAUUGGAGACAAGAUUGUGACUGGUUGUGACGGGGUCCUUACGUUAUAAAACUCGGAGUUGUCACCCGGCCUGUCCUCGGAUUUGUGACCCUGUCCUCAGAGUUGAGACUCUGUCCUCAUCUUACUACAACUUGGGAGUUGGAUUAUGUCGCGCCCACUGCACUUCAGUGGGAGGAAGUUUGAUUCGUGAUGUGUUGAGCAUUUUGGAUAUAUUUUUAUUGGGGAUUGUACCAAAAUGACGACGAUUUGUUUCAAAAGGAGCUAGGAGUGCGAAAGAGUGAUCGGAUUUCGAACUUCUGACCGGCAGACGUAGAUUGAUAAUGAAUUGAUUGUCAAAUCUUAGUUCAAUGGCUAAAAAACAAAGUUCCUUCAAGUCGUAUGUUAGUGAGUCUGCGAAGGAACACUUUGAGGGAGGAAGACACACCACGAACGUCCGCCAAAAGAACAAAAAGACGGGAUCUUCGACACUAACGCACAACCAGUCCGAGAGGGAGCAUACCAAAGUGCACCCAGGGAAGGACCCGGAUGCAAAGAACGAGGACUAUGGUAAAGUGGAGGAAAAUGUCGGUCCAGUGCCCGUGCCGAGCCCCAGGACUGCCAGGACCAAACCGAAACGAACGAUGUCGGAAAAGACGAGUUUUUCGAGGCCAGCCAAACCACCACCACCAGUUCCUGCGAAAACGCCAGGAGGGCGGAGAGGGUUAAACCGGUCACAGACGCAGAGCUCAAAAGAACUAAACUCUGUGGUAAAUCGUGAUGCAGAUUCAACGCCGGAAUUUCUGCGUGUCCAACUUAAACCCACAGGCACUGCUGACAAACCGCGGCAGUCCUAUACGACCGAUGAUGUGGACGAUAUCAAAAGAUUAUCAAAAGAAGCCAUUCCAACCCCUCCAAUACGGCGUAAAAACUACCCAGGUGGUAGUGGGCCCUCUAGUGCCCAGUCCUCACCUAAACCAGGGCAGCGCUCAAAACGGAUAUCGUACACAACGGACGACCUAGACAAAAUGUCUGAAACUCGGAGUGUGGAUGGGGACUUGAAGAAAGGGGGUAGCAUUAAACCUAAAGUAUUGAAAUUCUUACUCUUGUUCGCUUUACCGAAACCACGAUUUAUCAGAAGAACGAAUCGAGAACGAACGCCAGAGCGGGACAGCAACCACCGCGUUGACAGCAGUGACUCAAAAAGUGGUCAAAAAUCAAAACCGCACAGGUAUAAAAAAAAUUCGGAAGACUCUGUGUCACCACUGACAAAACUGCGUUCAAAAUCACUGACUCAUAAAGCAGUAAGCGAGGACAGUGAUAAAACACAUCAACCCCUCCAGAAAACAACAAAUAUUUGUGAUACUGACACUUCAAGCUGUGAUUCGGAAAAUAGUGCCAUAAAAUUACGGAGUGAUUCGGACCCCGUGAAAAAUACAACGAUUCCAGAUAGUUUUGUGCCGAGGAACCACAUUUAUGAUGAAGUUUGUGUCGAGAAUGCCGAAGCAAAAGAGGGCGCUGAUGAUGGGACACCGACGAAGGAAAAAACAAUGAGAUUAUUAGAGGACUGGAAUUUAGAUAUCCGGGUCCAUCUGAGUGAUGAGGACACGAGAACCGGUGAAACUGAGACUUUGAAACAAGAUCCGAAUCAUUUGGAGGUUGGUGCUAAUCACGAUGAUGAUGGGGCAUUUUCGACGCACGAAUAUAGCUCGUUUGAUUCAGAUUCAUUCGGUUCCGACUCGGAUAGUGAUAAUACUGAUCUCAAUAAUGCUUCAGCGAACAUGUCAGCGGUUCAGCAAGUUUUGCAGGACAUGGAGGAAGAGUGUGCUGGUAUGGACCCUCUCCGCCGGAAGGCUCAUGAAGUACUCGUAACAGAGAGAGUUUAUGUUAAGAAACUGCAACUAAUUGACCAGACAUUCCAAUUCAGAAUCGAGAUGGAGAAUAAAAAGCACAACAUGUUCCCUGAUGAGGUUAUCAAUCAGAUGUUUGCAAACAUCAAAAGUAUUUACCAACUCCAUAGCGAACAUUUACUUCCCAAGCUUGAACAGCGCAUGAAAAAUUGGGAAACUGAAGGAAGGAUAGGAGACAUCCUGGUCACUUUUGCCCCCUUCCUAAAGAUGUAUUCCGAGUAUGUCAAAAAUUAUGACACAGGGACAACGUUAAUUACAAACUGGUGUCAGAAGUGUCCACGGUUCAAAGCGAUUAUCGAUGAACUUCAGAGUCUUCCCGAGUGUGGCCAUUUGGCGCUGCAACAUCACAUGUUGAACCCAAUACAGCGGGUGCCGCGAUAUGAACUGCUGCUUAAAGACUAUCUCAAACUCUUACCAGAAGAUUCAGACGACAGAGAACUUACCGAAAAAGCCCUAAAUGUUGUGACUACUGCAGCCUGCCAUUCUAAUGAAGCCAUGAAGAAAAUUGACAAGUUCCGAAAGGUACUAGACGUUCACGAUAAGAUCGGAGGUUCCGUCACAGAUCUCGUGAGUCCGACGCGAGAAUUGAUCAAGGAGGGUAAAGUCAUGAAAGUCUCCAGACGGAAGGGGGCUCUGUUGGAGCGAUACCUAUUUCUGUUCAACGAUCUUCUGUUAGUAUGCGAGCAAGGCAUCAACUUGAUACGGGCAUCUUAUAGCGUGCGUGAUAAGCUCAGUAUUGAUGGAAUGAAGGUUGACCCUCCUGGCAAGGAAAGGGACUCGGCGAAGGACUGUGACUCAUUGAUUUUCGAAGGAGACAACCAAGAGAUCAAGUACACAUUCCGCGUGAAAAGUAAAGAAAAGGUGCUGGAGUUCAGUGCAAGCGGUCUGGAAGAAAAAGAUGAGUGGCAGGCCAAGUUAUGGAACGUUGUGCAAGACUUCUCGAAGAAAAAAAGCUCGCUCAAGCCAGAUGAACGGCUGUACGACACCGGGAUAAGUGAGGAUAAGAUUGGUAUGGAGGCUCCGGUCUGGGUGCGUGAUAACUCGGCGUCAAUGUGUAUGGUCUGCUCCCUGGAGUUCAAAGCAUUUAGAAGGAGGCAUCAUUGUAGAGCUUGUGGAAUCCUCGUUUGCAAUCGUUGCUCCGACUUUCGAACAAAGUUAGAAUUUGACGAGAAGAUGCAUCGGGUGUGUAAGAGAUGCCAUGACAUCAUCGUUGCAAAGGGCGUCUCGUACUCAGGAGGGGAAGGUGUGGAGAUCACAUCGGGGGGUACGCCGCAGAAAGUUAAGCCGGGAAUUCUCCAGAUCAAAGGAGACGACCCAUCUGUGAUGUCGGGAAGCCUGAAGGUCAGCAUGGACGGCGGGAAAACGUGGAAUAAACGAUGGUUUGCUGUCCAUACUGACUUUGUACUCUACUCCUUCAAAGCAAGAAGAGAUGUCGCCGCCACAAGUACGACCCCGCUGCCUGGAUUCCAGGUGAAGGAUGUCGAUGAGGCCGAUGACAUCACUGAACCAAACGUCUUUAAACUCUGCCAUACUCACUUGACAUAUUUUUACCAAGCUCCGACAGUCUCUGCUAAAACCAGGUGGAUGGAUGUGUUGACAAGAGUCGUGAAGGCCGAGAUCCCCUCUAUAUACAUGAACAAUCCCGACCAAAGUGAACCAGGACUAGAAUUGUCUGACAAUGAGAAUAAUAGUGAGCCCGCUGAUUGAAUAACUAUCAGAUAUGCUUAAUAUGCUUAAUAUGCUUAUCUCAGAAAUAGCAUGUAGCUUCACUAUAGAUACCCAAGAUGAGUCGCGGUGGUGUGAAUGGAAUUGUGGGAAAUUCUUACGGUCAAAGCGCUGCUCUUGUUCGGAACUGUUGAUCAUCGACUCACCAGGGGGCAUUGGAUGAACAUUAUUGGACCUUUCAUGUAUGUGUCACUGAACUUUAAAUUUUUUACAUAAAUGAUCGGUUAUACCUGGUAAAAGUUCUGUCCUGUUUGUAUGUGCUCAAUGGUAAAAGUAUAACUUGUGCUAAUUUUUUGUGUCAAAUUGAAGUUUUAAUGAAUGAAUUUUGAUAUAUUUUAUAGUUUUGUUAUUGGAUUUUAUUUGUCAGAAGAUAUUGCUAGAGGCUUCCUAUUUUGAAAUUUACAAAUAUUUAUGAAAUCUCGUCAUGUUGAAUGCAUAAUUAUUUUAUUGGAGCUACUACAUGCAGAAAAAACCGAAUUUAUUCAUCUGUUUUUUAUCAGAAGGAAAGCAUCAUGCAAACAAAAUGGUCGUUCAGUCUUUCGGGCCUCGAACCUUCGACCUCCCAUUCAUGAGGCAGAUGCCCUAACCACUAGGCCACCGGGAUUGGUUUUUCACCGAAAAAGCUUCCUUUAAAUAUGUUGGUUAAAAUAUAUCGGUAGAACAUCCCGUAUAUCCCAGAAAGUGAUAACAAGAAUUUAAUAAAGUCUGGUCUUUAUAUAUUCUUGGGAAUAGUUAUUGAAAUAUUUCAUGUAUUCAAGAAAACAACAUUGUAAAUAGAAACAUAAGUCGUAGUUCCACCUAUCAUAAAACCCCGUGUUUUUUCAAGACCCUUGUCUUCGCCGUGUGUCAAAAAACCCAUGGCGCACUUACACCUAUCAGUGGUGUUAGAUAAUGGUUAAUAGCCCCGGCGACAGGUGCGCUGUAGGUAGGGAGCUCUCCUGUGUUUCUUUCCCGUUGGAGGGGAAUUUCGCAUGCGCAAUACCGAGGCAACUACACCGCGCCAUCUGUCGCCGGAUCUUAGAACUUGCAAUUGCCGUGUCUAUUCAGAUUCCACCUAUCAAAAAACUUGUGUUGAACACGGGUCUAAAUUAGCCCCCGAUUAGCCCCAUCGAACUCGAUGGGGCUAACAGACACGGGGAUUUGACACACGGGUCUAUUUAGACACGGUAAUUCAUAGGUGUAAGCACAAAAGACACGGGGAUUUGAUAGGUGGAAGUACGACUAGGGUUCUUGAGAGCUUUACUCUGAUGAGGUUGUUGGCUAAUCCUAAUCCCAUGCAUUGUGAUAAUCUAUUGAGUGAUCAAUGAUCAGGACUUUCGCCAGUUUUGCUGAAAGAUGUUUAUUUGAUCAGGUGUAGUUUGAUGAAUUGAUACCGACCUGGUAUUGGUUGUCCCAUCAAGGGUGGUGCUAAAAUGCAGACCAAAACUGAGGUGUACCAGUUUGGUAUCAAUAUACAUUCUGAAACAUCUCAAAUUAAAUAACAAGUAUUGUGGUUUUAAAUGCGUUUUGACUGCUUCCAUAUUUUUCACCAUCACAAGCCGCUGAAUUCAAAUCGAGGCUUCAUUGGUGCAUAGUGCAUUUGCACUGUCAAGUGUGUGCGGUUCAUUUAAACCCAGGUGUUUUAGAACUACAAUCCCAAUACAGUGGUCUCCUUUGUGUAAGUUAUGCACAAAAGAAAUUGUAAGGGGCUUCCAUGGACACAGAUGUACAUACCCUUUCCUUGGAAUUAACCCCCUGGAAUAUGACAGGGGUGUAAUGAUAGUUUAGCGUGUUAACGCAUUAAUUUUAUUUGUGCCAAAGUUGUGUCAAAGAUGAUUUUUAACGAAUAUUUGGUAGAUGUUUUGUAAAUAGUAGAUUGGACUUCUUAAAGUGUAUUAACCUACAGGCUUUUUCAGAAGUAAAUGUCCACACCCUUUUGGAUCGUUUCAAAAAAACUGCUUGUCCAAUUUCUUUAAAGUUUGUUUUUUCUUCAAUCUAAUUGGGAGAUCCAUGAGGAUUUUCACAUUUCAGUAAUAAUUGUUACGAAAUAAAUUUUGUUGUAGGUAUCCUUGUACAUUGCAGUAGUACUCUGAUUUUGACAAUUUCUGCUCUGUACUGCUUAUUUCUGGAUCAAUUCUGACGUCAUCUUCAGGGUGUUUUCAUAUAUCUCUUCAAUUCUGUCAAAUUUCAUUAGAAAAUAUCUGUUGAAAAAAAUCAGCCCCUGUCAAAAUCUCUCCUCCCCCAGUGCACAGCGGCCCAAAAAUACGUAGAUAUUUACUUCUGAAGCAGACUGUAGGUACAGACUAAAUUUGCCUAAAGUUGAUGAUAAUACUCUUAAGAAACUCUUUAAAAAUUGUAUAUAGAAUGUAUACUGUUGUAUUGUCCUUUGAAUAUUUUAUAGUUUUGGGUCUCAAAGACCGUCUGAAAGUAGUUCAAGACUCCCAGAAUUGUGAUGAAAUUGCAAGGAGCAUGUUAAAUGCACCUAAUAUUCUAGGUUAUAUUUGUGCUAAUAAUUCUAAAGGAUUUCGGUCCAAAUUAUCAAUGUUUGUAAUGGAGACUUUUUGAGUCGGAGUCAGUGAAUGGAUUGUGAGUACGAGUUUAACAUUUGGUGUGGGCCUUAAAGCGAACUGGAACCGCCAAGCCAGUUCGUAUGACCUCGUUUUCAUUUCCCGCGUAUCGGGUGAUCAGAACGAGGCAUGAAUGAAACAUGGCGCCUAGCUGUCAAUCAUUCAGUGACGUCACUACUAUGGAAUUUACUACGAAAAUUCAUGAAUGAAAGAUCGCAUGACUCGCGUGAUUCUCGCAUGACUCUCAAUAAUAAAAAAUUGAACUGCGCAUGCUCGGGCACUGGGGGCGGAGCUACAAAUCUGAACUCGAAUAGGAAGUUGGAAGUUUGACUUUCUCGGGCGGGAAAGUCGAAAAGUUGAAUAAAUCGCGCGGCGGUUCCAGUUCGCUUUAACUUGGUUUAUUCAGGAAAAGGAGUGCAUGUUAUGAAAUGUAUUUGUUUUAAACCCUUUUUGCUCCUAAUUAUGUACUACUGUAAUAUAUUAAGAGAAACAUCCAACUGGCAGCUUUAAACUUAUACUCAGAUGAGACGUCUUCGAUGAUACGGACGUUCAAAUAGACUGCUGCAGUGACGCCCGGCAAAAUCUGAAACUGUGAUGUGCACAGAGGGCGCUGAAAAUCAGGUAUAGUAGACCUCUCUAUUAAGGACACUCGGGACUGAUAAGUACUUUCCUUAGAAGAGAGGUGUCCGGAUUAGAGGUCAAAUUGAAUGGAACGACCAAUUUCGGACCAAAACAUGUCCUUUAUAGAGAGGGUGUCCUUAUUAGAGAGGUGUCCGUUAUGGGAAGUUCCAUUGUAUUUACAUUACACAACGUAUAUAGAGUUACGUACAAUUGGUAUAGAAAUAUACAAUAAAAAGAUAUGUACCAUAAAAUUAAUGUACACUAAAGUGUACAAUAAUUAUGUACAAUAUGUAAUAUACUUUUAAAACAUGAA